AUGUCAUCAAACGAAAAUAAUCUUCUUAUUAGUAGUGAUUUUAAUAAAUUAACAACAACUGUAUCAGCAACAACAAUUAAUUCCCUUUUAUCAACAACAACAACAGCAACAACUGCAAUUUCUAAUGUUAGUCUUUUUCAUACAUCACUAUCAACAACACAACAGGGAGCAAAUCGAACAUUCAAUAUAACAUUACUUAUUGGAUGUAUAAGUGCAAGUAUUAUUUUAAUUAUAAUUAUUAUUUAUGCAUUUGUUAAAUAUCGAAAUCGUGAUGAAGGUUCAUAUAAAAUUGAUGAAAGUAAAAAUUUUGUUUUAAACUCUAAUAUUGACAGUCAUGAUAAUAGUGGUUGCCGUGGUAAAGCAUCUUCAUCACAUCAUUAUCGACAAAAAUUGAUGGCAACAAAUGAACAUAAUGGCAUUGAUUCAAGAGAAUGGUACGUGUAA